GGCUGGUGAACAGAGGCCAAAUGAGCCAGUGAACGGGCCGACGAGUCCAGCACAGCAUGGACUGCAGCCCGCCAUAGUUAGUGCUGCUUCGCUUCAUUUUUUGUACAGUUCAGCCUGUUUACCAGCGGAAAGUUGCUGUUGUUUUUUGCUUUUGUUCGCUGGUGUGUUUUCCACCACAGACGACAAUAAUGGAUCGAGUGAAGAGCUCCAUGCAGCAAGUACCCAACGCUAUCCCCAAAGUGAUCAGACGGACAGGAGGGGCCAACAGCCUGGAGCUGGAGAAGGAAAACUUUGAGAGAGGGCAGGCUGUCAGCAUCAAUAAGGCCAUCAACACACAGGAGGUCGCUGUCAAAGAGAAGCAUGCCAGGACGUGCAUCUUGGGAACCCAUCAUGAGAAAGGUGCUCACACCUUCUGGGCGGCGGUGAACCGGCUUCCUCUCUCCAGCAAUGCAGUGCUCUGUUGGAAAUUCUGCCACGUCUUCCACAAGCUGCUGCGAGACGGCCACCCGAAUGUGAUAAAGGACUCCAUGAGGAAUAAGGCUGAUCUGACCGAUAUGAGCAGGAUGUGGGGUCACCUGAGUGAAGGCUAUGGGAAGCUGUGCAGCAUCUACCUCAAACUGCUCAUCACCAAAAUGGAGUUCCACAUCAAAAACCCACGUUUCCCUGGUAACCUGCAGAUGUCAAACAGACAGCUCGAUGAGGCCGGAGAGAAUGAUGUUAACAACUUCUUCCAGUUAACAGUAGAGAUGUUUGACUACCUAGAGUGUGAGCUCAACCUCUUCCUCGGUGUGUUCAGCUCUCUAGACAUGUCUCGGUCGGUGUCGGUGACCGCAGCAGGCCAAUGCCGUCUUGCUCCACUCAUCCAAGUCAUCCUGGACAGCAGCCACCUGUAUGACUACACUGUCAAGCUGUUGUUUAAGCUGCACUCCUGCCUUCCUGCAGACACUCUCCAGGGCCACAGAGAUCGCUUCCAGGAACAGUUUAAAAAGUUAAAGAAUCUCUUCUACCGCUCCAGCAACUUACAGUAUUUCAAGAGACUCAUUCAAAUCCCACAGUUGCCUGAGAACCCGCCUAACUUCCUACGUGCGUCAGCCUUGUCAGAGCACAUCAGCCCCGUGGUCGUGAUCCCAGCUGAGUCCUCGUCCCCCGAGUCAGAGCAUGUGGUUGAGACGGACGACCUGGUGGACACAGACAUCCCCGCGCUGCCGGCUGCUUUGGAGACCAAGUUCGAUGACCUGUUUGGUACCUCAGCUGCUAUAGACCCUUUCAACUUCAAUAGUCAGAACGGCAUGCGCAAGGACGACAAAGACCGUCUGAUCGAGCAGCUGACGAGGGAGAUCCAGGCCCUCAAAGACGAGCUGGAAUCUUUCAGACUGGAGAGUGGACGGUUGUGUCAGGCACUGAGGGGGCGGGUCAGUGAAUUGGAGGCGGAGCUAGCGGAGCAGAGCCACCUGAGGCUGCAGGCUGUUGGAGAGAGCGAGUUCCUGAAAGCCGAGCUGGAUGACCUGCGGCGGGUCAGAGAGGACACAGAGAAGGAGCAGCGGAGCCUGACGGAGAUAGAGAGAAAAGCUCAAGCCAAUGAGCAGCGAUACACCAAACUGAAGGAGAAGUACACAGAGCUGGUUCAGAGUCAUGCAGACCUGCUGAGGAAGAAUGCAGAGGUGACCCGGCAGAUGACGGUGGCACGAGCAGCACAAGACGAAGUGGAAGCUGUGAGGAAAGAGAUGCAUGAGAAGGUGAAGGCCGCCCAGGAGGCUGCAGACAUACAGGAGAGACAGCAGUUGGAGCAGCUUCAGGAGCUCCAGAGCGAGCUGGUGUCCAGCAGGUCAGAGCUGGACAGUCUGAAGACCACCAUGGCCUCAUCACAACAGGCUUCGAGUGAGGUGCUCAGCACUCAGCUGGCCACCCUGGAGUCUGAGAAGGCGGAGCUGGUGCAGUCGUUGUCCAAGGUGGAGGCGGAGCUGGCCGCUCGUGGGGAGGAGCUAGACCGGGUCCAGAGCUCGCUGACCAGUGAGAGGGAGAGCGGAGUGAAGACAGCGGAGGCCCUGCAGAAUCAGCUCAAUGAAAAGGAGAGCAGGGAGCAGGCGUUGGAGAGCCAGCUGGUGGCAGCUCGCUGGUCCAGUCUACAGGGAGCUGUGGAAGAGGCCGGGAAGAUCAUCCAGGACUCACUGGCUCAGAUCGACGAUCCAGCACACAUCAGCUGCACCAGCUCUGCAGACUACCUUGCAUCCAGAUGUCAGGCCUCAUUAGACUGCACGGACCGGCUCCAUCUGGCCAUAGAGUCCUUUGUCGCUGAUAACACAGCUGUGUCUGAACUGGUACGAGUGGUGACCCAGUGUGGCCACCUGGUGGGCGACACCAUCGUUCAGGGCAGCGCCACGUCCCACAUGGUUCCAGUGGAGCAAGCUGACGCCUUGUCAGAGAGUGUGAAGACAUGUGGGGCGGACGCUGUGGCUCUGCUGGGUCAGAUGAAGCAGCAGGACGGCCUGGCAUCAGCAGACAACUCCAAGCUGAAGGCAACACUGGAGGCGAUCCUGGCCACUGCAGAGAAACUGCGUCCUCGAGGUUUGGAGCUGCAGCAGGGGGAGCUGGGAGAUCUUGUGGAGCAGGAAAUGGCUGCGACUUCCGCUGCGGUGGAAUCAGCUGCUGCCAGGAUAGAGGAAAUGCUCAACAAGUCUCGAGCAGUUGAUACGGGAAUCAAGAUGGAGGUCAAUGAGAGGAUCUUGGCAUCCUGCACAGAACUGAUGCAGGCGAUCAAGGAACUCAUCCUGUCUUCCAAAGAUCUUCAAAGGGAUAUUGUGGAGAGUGGCAGGGGGGCAGCCUCCAUGAAGGAAUUUUAUGCCAAGAACUCCCGCUGGACUGAGGGCCUGAUCUCAGCCUCCAAAGCAGUGGGAUGGGGAGCCACGGUCAUGGUGGAUGCUGCUGAUCUGGUGGUGCAGGGCAAAGGGAAGUUUGAGGAACUGAUGGUGUGUUCACAUGAAAUAGCUGCCAGCACGGCACAGCUGGUGGCUGCCUCCAAGGUGAAGGCGGACAAAGACAGCGCUAAACUGCACCGUCUGCAGCAUGCGUCCCGGGGUGUCACCCAGGCCACUGCAGCUGUGGUGGCCUCAACCAAGUCUGGAAAGUCCCAGAUAGAAGAAACAGAUACAAUGGACUUCUCCAGCAUGACUUUAACUCAGAUUAAACGACAAGAGAUGGAUGCACAGGUCCUAGUUUUGGAGCUGGAGACACGUCUACAGAAGGAGCGAGAACGUCUGGGCGAGCUGAGGAAGAAGCAUUACGAGCUGGCUGGGGUAGCAGAGGGCUGGGGCGAGGAAGAGGAGGGAACAGGUUGAGAUCUGGCUCUCCUGUCGUCUUUCUCAUGUACCUGAAGACUGGCUUCUGUCUGCCUAUUUCUAUUUAUACACACAGUCUCUUUUUCUCCCUUGUUUUCUUCUAUUCUUUUGUUUGUUUGUUAUCUAAGCCAAAUGAAAAGGUGCUUCUUUUCUAAACCUGCUUCUCCACCCGUGUCCAGAAACUUCCGUAAGUGCAGCACCAAGGGCUCGGCAAUGGGGGGGGGGCGGGGGCGCACCGAAGGGACAAACAAAUAGGGAAGUGUGUUGGGUUUAAAAAGGAGAAUAAAAACUACAGCCCCUCUUCACACACACCCCACCUGCCCCUCCCCCAGGACUGUGACACUGAGAGGCUGCAGACACGCUGAGGUCGACCUGUUCCACCAAGUAUCUGUCGUGCUUUCGUUCCCUUUUCAAUAUCCAUCGAGUCUCAGGCGAGAGACUUCAAGCACAAGUUCUACUCAAGACAUCCCAGGAUGCACUGCACAAGGGCCAAACUCUCAGCAGCAGAGGGGAGAUCAGUGACUGUCUGCCAAACCUCCUCGCCCCAGAAUCGUGUCUCUGUGUGACAUAGAUGGCAUGCAUGCUCUACUACUAAAAGAAGUGUUUUGUUUUUGUGAGUCAGAGCUGCUCUUUACUUGUCGGUGCAGUUUCGUGUCCUUUCACCACAUUGACCCGAGUUUCUUCCUAUUCUUUUCUCACUGUGAGUUAUCACCUAUUAAGUCCACACCACUUCACAAACUGGUUCACUGGACUUUCUGCCUUUCACUUCCUACUUACCGUUGUAACGACUUUGACUGUUAACUCGAGACACCGUUUUUUUCCCCCUUUAUUAUUAUGUUUUUUUAAUAGACGUUUGCAUGAAAACUCAAACUGUUUCCUGCAAUGGAGUUGCAGAGUAGUCUGAGAACAGGAAAGUAGCACACAGUCUUUUCCAAAAUACUCUUCUUCCCUGUGAGUUCUGAGACUGCCAACUACCUCAUGCUACAUCGUAAAGAGGUCAGAGGUGGCGUUGCAUUAUGGGAAGGUCUGAGGAGUAGAGAAGUGUCGCCCAAACAAUAAGCACAUUUGUUUUCUGUCAUUUAUCAGUUUAAUUUUUAAGUUAUGAACAGCCGGAGUUAAUAGAAGCAAACCUCCUUUUUUUUCUAUAGAAAAAGCUACAACACAUGGGGGUGUGCUACUUUUUUGUGUGCAGUAAUAAAAGGUUUGCUUCUUAGCAACAGCAGUUCCAGUAACAGAAUCAUUUAACUAAUAAUGCUGAGGACCCGUCUUGUGUAUUUUUUUUAGAAACCUUUUUAAAAUAGAUGACUCGGUGGACAAGCAGCACUGAAACAAAUCUGUCACUAAAGCAGCAGCAGCUUUGGCUGUGGAGCUGGGAACCGGUCUCAUAAUGAACUGCUGAUGGUGUCGUCUCCUGGCAGAAAGAAAGUGUCGUUUAGCUCCUGGAGACGACAGCAGGACGACGUGCUGCACAGAGCAUGGCAAUACGGAACUGUUGACCGCGCAGUCAGACAAAACUGGGUAAAUCCUGAACGUGUUUUUAAUAUUUUCUAAUCACCCUCAGUUUAUAUGUCAUGCCAUUGGACACUCUAUUCUUCAGUAAACGGCAAAGACUUAUUAAUCACAUGAUCCUGUCCUGUCUUAAAGCACCCUGCAGUUUCGUAAACACAAAACAGGACCACAAUGGACUCUGCAUAUGCGGAACACAUACUGGAGUGUCUUCAAUAGCUUCCUCAAGACCAAGUAGCUGUGUAUAUUUAAAAAUAAUCAUUCUAUUGUCAGGAAUAAUCUUUUGCUUAUAUCUAAAAGUUGUCAAUGGUAUCCAUUCUUGCAGGAUUCAGUUGAAUUGAAUUAGGGAUACAAAAUGGUACAAAUGAAAGCCAACCAUAACUAACACAAGUCAUCAAUUUCUUGUAAGGCUUCAUUAUUUAACAGAUUUUCCUACUUGGCAGAUGAAUAAACAGAGUGGGUUUGGUUGUAGUUGACUCCUCAGGGGAGGCCGACCAUGCAGAGGUGUAUUUUGAUGAGAUAAGAAGGCAUUCAUUCUGAACCCAAUACAUAAUCGUCUCUGUCUGGUGAAGAUGGUGAUGACGAGUCUCUGUGUCUUAACAUACUUAGUUUUGACGCGCUGCUUCAGCUGUGUAUCUCUAAAAAGUUCUGACACUGGUUAUUUAACAGACACUGGUCAAAUAGUAUUUGCCAAUAAUUCUUAAAAAUCAGUUUUAAACCUUUUGGAGCAGCAGAUGGCUGAGAAAGCAGAGCAGCUCACUAGAGAAAAAAUAAAUAGAAUUUUAAGUAGCCUUUUAGUAAUUAUUGGCAGACAGCGUCCAUCUGCUGCUCCAACCAGGUUAAAAAAACAGCAAGUAUUAUUUGCAGUACUGUUGGGUCCAGGUCUUGUAUUUAAUAAUGAUUUUAGCUGUGUUCUGUCUUCUUCCAUACCUGGGCACAAUGGGAGUGGAUUUCAUCAAACUAGUUAUAAUACGAAAUUUAAAAAAUGCCAUAAAAGAUGGAUGGGUCCACUCUUGAAGGUAUUUUAAGUGUCUUGAGAGAUAAAUUGAAUGCACCUUGAGUGAUGUUUGGUUGUAUUUUUGCCCGAAUAUUCUUUAUUAACCUCUCUGUGUCUCUAUUUUUUUCUCUUGGGUCUGUGUCUGUAGUCGUACCAGCUCAGCCAGCCUUUCAAACUGCCUCACACUGUAGUCAGAGAAAACAAAUACUCACAUAGCAACAUUGAAAUAUGUCUUUGUAUGAUAUACUAAAACUAUGUUGGUGGGUUUGUUUUUAUUUUUUCAGUUUUUGAAAUAAAUAUUUCAACACGUUAAUACAGA